AACUCCUACAUUGCAGGGGGUUGGACUAGAUGACCCGUGUGGCCCUUUCCAAUAUUGCAAGUAUAUAUGAAAGCACAUGAUCUCCUGCAAGCUGAUUUUGCAAAAUAUGACUGCAGCAUAGUAGGGAAAAAGGGAAGUGGCUUGCGAGGCACUUCCAGCACUGCUCAGCUGUGCAUCGCAGAGUAUGUGCACAUCAAAGGGAAGAACAGUGUUGCAGAGCCAUGUUGCAGCCUCCCUCCAAGAUCUUCAUUCCGGGGACAGCACACAUCUUGGGGGACACAGGACACUGGACCACAGGGCUAGGUGCUCCUUCAUCAUCAUGAGGCUCCCUUUCAACAUCCUCUUUAUCGGAUUCCUGCUGGCUGGACAGUGGCAGAUCUCUGGGGGACAAACUUACCCUAAACCUUCCAUCUCAGCGGUUUACACAACUGUGGUCAGUCUUGGGGGAAAGAUCAUUUUACAGUGUGCAAGUGAUUACCGUCAAAAUGCAAUCUACUAUCUUCACAAAGAUCCACUAAUUCUUUAUUCAGCAUAUUGGAAUAGUGAGUGGGGUGCAGCUGUAUUUCAGAUUGCCAAUGCAAGAGUUUCAGAUGGCGGAACCUAUACGUGUAGCUAUUGCUUAAGUUAUGAUCGACGGUGCUCAAAUCGUAGUGAUCCUGUCCAAGUCUUCAUAAAAGGACAGCUGCAUCCCAAGCCUUCCAUCACAGUGAAUUCAGUUGAAACGCUUGCCAAAAAGGGGAAUGUCAAAAUCAGCUGCAAGGCAGAAGACAACUUACCAAGACUGUUCUCUUUGUACAUACAAGUGGGUGCAAAUAGACAGCAGGGAAAACUGACAGAGAAAACAGCAAGGAAGGAGGCUGUGUUUGCCUUUGACAAUGCCCAAGAAUUCCAAGGGGGUCUCUACCAAUGUAGAUACUGCAACAGAACAGCCUUCGUUGAACUGUGCUCAGAUUUCAGUGACAGCCGACGCAUCAACAGAAUAAAUCCCAGCCUGUCCAAACCCUCCAUCAAAGUGCUACCCGACGAACAUAUUUCCCCAGGACAGAAUAUCACCAUCGAGUGCCAGGGGCCAGAAAAGGGUCUGAACUUCUCCCUCUACAAAUCCGGGGAACUGAUAACAUCGCAGGUGACGGAGUCAGAGAGAAACAGAGCCGAGUUCCCUUUCUUCAACGUGGGGUUGGAAGACGAAGGAAACUACACCUGCCAAUAUCACCGACGGGGAAAUCCCUUUGCCUGGUCAGAGACAAGUAAUGCCACGGAGCUGGUUGUAAGAGAUAUGCCUGAGAAAUCCAAGACAAUAAUAUGGGCCAGCAUUGCAGCAGGCCUUCUCCUUCUCCUACUCCUGCUUAUCUUUGUACUGUACAGGAAAAGAAGAAAAGGUUCCACUGCCAAUGAAAUGCCUCAAAUAAUGAACACGGCCCCAGAACCUUACCGAGAAGCAGACCCUGCUGAAGUCUCCUACGCUGUAUUGAACCACAACUCACUAAGGACCAAGCGAGCAGCUCCUCCUGCCAGUGUCCCCCAACCUUGUGUCUAUGCAACACUGGCCCAUGACAAAGUCAGGGAGGGUCGGUAGGCAAGACUUUACAGAGAUGCUGCAUAUGCCCCGAGUUCUGGGGUCAAACAUGUUAAGGCUGCUUCAUGUGUACAAGCACUGCUUAUUUUAUCCACACAAUCACAAAUGUGGAUGUCAGGUGUCAUGGGGAGCUAGCCAGUGGUCAAAAGCUGUGACAUCUGUUACAGUGGUCGGAGAAUGUUUUUUGACUCUGCAAUUUUGACUUUAUGCUCUAUCCCGGGAAUGUAACCCACGUGUUAGUUGAGAGUCGACUGUAUUACAUAUGUAUAUGUUAUUUAAAAGCAGAGAAAGAUCCACAUAUGGGUGUUGGGCUGAGAGAAAGAGCCUACAGCAGCUGGACUCCAUUCCAGUUCCCCACAAAUUCCAUUUAAAGUGAACCCCCACCUUUUUCAUAGCCAAAUUAACACACAAAAAUGGAAUUCCGCUUAUCCAGACUGAAUCAGAGCCACAAGAUACAUGGUAGUUAUUGUGUCUCAUAAGUAUGGACUAUUUCUUUCUUAUACAAAUAAAAAAGUGCUUAACUUAGUGUGUUUUUGUUGUAGUUUAGGUAGCAUCCAAUAUAAAAUGCCUGCCUUGUCAUUUUCCCAAUCACAUAUUGUGUGGUUACAAAUUUCAGUCGUUAACAAAAAAAAUCACAAGAUGCUUUGGUGCAGAAGAAAGACCUCUUCUCUGGCAGCAGAUGUACUUUUGUACAUGAAACAAAGAAAAGCUAAACAGUUUUUCAAAUGGUCCAACGACACCCUCUACUGGACUACUCUGGGAUAACAGGGCUGUUUGUAUUACAGGUGCGCAUUUUAUUUAAAACCUGAAAGCUGAAAAGGCAUCAGAAAUAUUUGCAUUGUUAUGAGUUUGUGAGUGCCAGACAGCUUAUAAUCUCUGGAUCCAGCAAGUGUUAGAAUUGAAUCAAGCCUCCUGAACUCCUGGAUCCAGCAAGUGUUAAAAUAUAAGCCAUGCUAGGAGUGGACUAGGUUUCUAUUUAUUUACUUACCUAUGUCAAAGAUUUAUGUUUCACUUUUCAACUGCAGCGCUCAAAGAAGCUCAUAUCAAAUGUAAAUAUGGUGUCUGCAAACCAAGCAUUUAAAAAACAGAACUAUCCCAAACAAUGCAAAAGGCAGCAUCUGACAUUGUCUUCCCCUCCCUCUCCUCCUUGCAUCAGGAGAGUUGGCGGUAAAUAGCCAAAUGGAGGGGACAGUUCAGAUGCUGCAAGCAACUACCUCUCUCGACUCUGCUAUUCCUAACUUGAAAUGACAGUUCCUAUGACCUGGGACUAAGAAGUCAUCAAGGACUGCUUCAUAUAGCAGCCUUAGUUGCCAAAAGAAACUGUUGCUCACAGCUGAGCUAGGCAGGCGAAGAUACUUCCUUGGCUGCACAUAGAACAAUCAUAUACCUAUAAACUAGGGAAAAGUCCAAGCUUUUAGAGUCCAAGCUUCUUAGAAUUUUACGGAGUAAUGAUGCAAGUGGUGAGAUGACUGGUAAUUUAUUUUAAGAUGCUUUUCUCAUUUCCAUUUUUAUCUUUUCCCCCUCUUUCAUUUGAAUGCAGAAGAGUCUGGUGCUGUUGGGCUUGUAACCAGCGUACCGUUGCCCGCAAACUGAAAGGUGCUUAAGAGUUACAGGGUUUUCUGGAAGUAGGGAAGUAGUACGCCAAGCCUGCUAGUUCUUGCCAUUCAAACUCAGUUUACUGGGUCCAUUUUCUUGGUUUUUUUAAAAGCAUUUAUUGAUCUUCCAUUGAUCAACCAGUCCAUUUUUUAGAAAAGCAUUUAUUUAUUUUACCCUUGGAGAAUGCCAGGCUUAAGACAAAUGAACCAUGCCUUUUGAAAUGAUCCAAUACUCUGCAAACAACUGUUAACAGCAAAUGCAACUACAAUCUCCUCUUGCAAAUGACCUGCUCAUGCACUAAGUGCCACAUCACCAAGACAGAGGAAUAGCUUUAAAAGACUUUAUUCCAAUCAAGUAUUUUAAAAAGUAUUACGCUCCCCUAAUACACACAUACACACACCAUGAAAAAUACAAAACCACAAGCUUCUGCCUUCACGCCCCUACAGGAUACCGGCCUGAUCACGGGGAUAGGAACUACCCUGAGGCCUCAAGCUUCCCACUCCUGGAGUCAAGAGCACCCUCCAACCACCCUCUCCAAUAUAGCACUAUUAAAAAGGCCCCCUUCCUCCCCCACCCACUCCCAAUUCCUAAGCCAGGACUGUACAUGUUCCACCAUCAUCCUGCACAUGCCAAAUCUGAGACUGGGUGCAAGCCAAGCUGAACUCUUCCAUGGAAGUUUCUAGCCCUUAAGGCUGUGAUGACAGGUUUGAAAGUAUGUGAAGUAUCAAAAACCAGAAAGGUGGAGUGGGUGGGAGGGAGCCUAUUCAAAAUUUCCAGUGACCGUACACAG